AGAGAAACGAGCCAAAGGAUGGCGAGAUCCUUGGUGCGAGCUUGAGUGCCAGGCUGCACGGAAAGUCACCUCUUUCUCUGGCCUGGCGCAAUGGAGAGGCGUUGUGGAAGGUGGUUGCACACCUCAGCGAACCGAAAAAGCGUCGCCGCUGCUGGAAGUGAGCAGAUCUGAGCAUUCGGACGUGUCUAUCUGGCGUGUGGCUGUGUUGGCAGCGUCCACCGGUGUUUCGUCGUGGCGGCUGAGACGGUUCUAUCACAAAGUCGACGUACGGCAGGCCAGGGAGCAGCCUGCUGCACACGGCGGCGAGUGGGAGGUGCUACUCGACGGACGAGUGCUCAAGACGCCCGCCAAGAGGUCAUGCAGUGACUGACCAACCAACACGUGCUGACACACACGCUGCCACAGACAUCUCAUGUACGCCGUGCAGGCCUCUUCGGUUGCCCAGUGAGUCUCUGGCGCUGUUUCUGGCGUCUGAGUGGCAGGCACAGAGGGACAAAAUCACACCACAGCUCAUGCCGAUGGUGGGUGAGUGGCGAACCGAACCGAACCCACAGCAUACACACAUUACAUACAUGCGAGAAUUGACUCACAUGCGUCCCUAUGUAUGUGGGUGUGCGCCGCGCCUGUGCCUGUUCCGUUGAUGCAUGGCAUGGCAGAUGACUUUGGCAUCGACUACGUUGGAUGUGGUGUCGUCCCACCGCGAGUCGACGGCUCAGGCGCUCCUCAACUACCUUCACACCGACACCGUCUGGUGGGUGGGUGCGGGGACGGGGGCAGAUACACACAUAGAGCCUGGCCUGUGUGUGAUGCGUGGCUGGCUGCUUUCAUGGUCAGCUUUCGCGACUCGGACGAGGAUCUCGUUAGGCGCCAGGAGGCCGUCCGUACAGAGCACGCAAACGCCGACCUGUUGUUUGCCUUGCCACCCAUUGAUUUGACUGACACAUCACAUCGAAUUAUGUGUCUAUGUGUCUUCUGUGUGUGUUGACUCACUCGUAGUUAUUGCUGCCAGUCCAGCGUGCUUUCGAGGAGCGUUACUGCCCCCACACGGCACUCGACAUCUCACACGGUACGCCACGCUCACAAUAGAUUGAUUGAUGUAUGAAUGGGUACGGUAGGUACACGGGUCGUGUCGUGUCGUGUUGUCUGUGCAGACAUAAGGCCACCCACCCAGCCGCCUGAGGUCUUUGCGGCCGUAUCAGACGCCAUGCGCAACAUGGUAACCGACCGACUUACUGGGUGAAGAACAGCCAGCCGACAAUUCAUUAGUGACCGACACACACACAUGGGUGUUUUUAUGUCUGUAGAGUGCGUGGGACCUGACGGCCCUGCAGGUCGUCACCAUGAACCUCAAGAGCCUCAUACUAGGUAGGUGCGGAGGGCAGACAGCAGGCAAGCAAUGGGACAGGGAGGAUGGGUCGAUUAGUAAAGGAAGGAGCAUGAUGGAUCAUGAGGAGGCCCAUAGUUGUUGUGCGUGCCUUUGUGUUGGUUGAUUCAUACAUACCUGACCUGUCUGACAGGUAUGGGAGUGGUUGAGGGUUGGGUGUCGGUUCCGCUGGCCAUCGCGGCGGCACGCCUCGAGGAGACAUUCCAACAGGAACAGUGGGGCGAGGUCAGCGUGGCACCCACUCACCAUCUAUCCACCAUGCACUGCUCAGUUACAGGGAGCUGCUCUACCUACUUUCUUCUGUGUGUGCGUCCAGGUGGAGGGUGACCAUGACGUUGAGCGCAGUCAGCUGCACAUGUGGGUCAAUGCAGCCAGCCUCUUCAGUGAGGCCGCCGCACAGGCAGCGCCUACGUAACGUAGGUAGGUAGGAGCAUGGCUGGCCGUUCUGUACGUGUUGGUCGAUCGAUCUGCGGUAUGAAUGCGAUUCGAUUGGCAUGUGCAGCGGCGGGCCGUUCUAG